AUGUGUAUUCUCCUGCCGUGCGCGGAUCCCGCCGCGCCUGGCGUGUGGUGGCGCGACGACGCGCAGUGGCGCCGCUACCCGCCGCACCUCGAGAACGCCGUCCGCGACGCCAUCGCGAGGCGGCUGCCGUCGGUCGAUCUCGGCACCUUCGUGUCCGACGGGUACCCUAACGGCGCGCGCUAUACCGCGGAUCUGCGCGCCAUGAAGCAGCGGAACGCGCAGAGCGGGUACGCGCGCGAGAUCAGGGUGAUUGGCGCGGCGCUGCCUGCUCCUGCGCCGUCUCAGGCCUUGGGAAUGCCCAACCAGCAGGGCCUUCAGCUGCCAGGGGGAGCACCGAUGCCGACCAUCCACUGGCGAGACAGCCGCAAUAACCUCCGCCAGUACGACGCAGCCACGGCCCGAGCCAUCUUCCGAGCCGGCGCGCAGGGCUACAUGUGCGCACAAACCGCACCAAUCAUCACUGACGCGUACCCGUUGGGUGUGGUGUAUACCAUCGAUCUGCAGCGCAUGGUGCAGCGGAACCCGUUCACGGGGCGGGAGAGGGAUGUGGUGGUGCAGUUCCCCCACAACCCUCUUGAGCUGCUCAAGCUGGCUCUGGGGGCCACUGGGCAGGAUUGCAAACAGCGGCUCGGAUCCGGAACCGGCCGGCUCGUCGCUGCGGCUGUAGCAGCGUCGAAUCGCGCCGCAGGCCCGCUUGUCGCGUCGCACAUAGCCCACCGCGUCGUCUGGCUACAGCCGGCGAAAGUCCUGCUACAGCCGUCCGCUGCGGCUGUCACGCCGGCAGUCGUCGGCCCAGCGGGGCCAGGAUUGGGUGCGCUGCCCGUUGGAGUCGCACGGCUGCCGAUCGCCGUGCGACAGUCUGCGAUUGGCGGACUUUUGUCGCUUAGCGCAGUGGCGUUAGGAGCACUGGGGUGGGCGAGGGCGUGCUCGGCGGAAGAUGAGCGCAGCGGAGCGCGGGCGGGGGAGCAGGAGGACGGUUCACCGGAGGCUUCCGCGGUGCUGGGUCAAAGCGUGGGGGAGGAUGAAGCGGAAGCGGUAAUUUCGCGAGUGGCGUCUGUGGCGGAUGGGCGGAAGCGGCCCCGUGAGACGGAUGGCGGCAGGUGGGUUGAAACAGCGUCGUGCCGGAAGGUAGGAAUGAAGCAGCAUGAUGCGUCUCCGUCCCCCUUCUCCCACCCACUUCCCCCCUCACUUCUCCUUCCCCCCCCCCCCUUCCCAUUUUCUCCUCCUGUAAACACCUCCAUUUCCAAUUAUGCUGUCCCUUCCCUUUGCGACUCCGUUCUCCUUUCCUGCCCCCUUUCCCCUUUUCCCCCUCAAACUCCUCCGCCUCCACCUUUAUUUACGUCCCCCCUCCUCUUUACGCCUCUGUUUUCCUUUCCUUCCCCUCCUCCUCCCCCUCCCCCUCCCCCUCCCCCUCCACCUCCCCCUCCCCCUCCCCCUCCCCCUCCCCCUCCCCCUCCCCCUCCCCCUCCCCCUCCCCCUCCCCCUCCCCCUCCCCCUCCCCCUCCCUCCCCUCCGCCGCUCCCUCCCCUUUCUCCACCCAUCCCUCCCCGUCCCUCUGCGCCUCUUCCCCCGCAGUGUGCCGCACGCGUGCGUGGCAACGGCGAUGUGCCGCAAGCGUGCGUGGCGACGGCGAGUGUGGGCGCGGAGAGGGGAGUGGUGGUGGAGCCAAAGACGAAGCACUCCUUCCCUGUCAUGCUGCGGCAGGAGGGGCAGGGCGGCGGGCUGCUGGCAGGGGUGGGCAUCAGAGACACGGUCAUUGCGAGGAUCAAAUCCAUCAAGAUAUAUGCCUUCGGCCUCUACGUGAGUCCGGCCAGCCUGGGCGGCGACGAGCAUUUGAAGGCCAAGUAUGGCGCCAUGCCUCUGGACGAGCUGCGAGUCAGCCAGGAGUUUUACGACGACCUGCUCAGUCGUGAUAUUGGAAUGACAGUGCGGCUGGUGCUGCAUUACAGAGGGCUCAACAUGAAGAUGGUGCGCAAUGCGCUCAACACAUCCCUCUCCAAUCGCCUCACUAAGCUACUGGGCCACGCAGACGACCCGGGCUUCCACACUCUCAACGAGUACCUCUCUUAG